UAGCCCUUCAGCAGGCUAUAGGUUUCUAAGCUCAGCCUUUACCGCUGACGAAUAACUAAAAUGUCAGCGAGCAAAAACGCGUAUGUUUUGUUUGUGUUCAUGGCUCUUCUUGAGCAUUGCGUGACAGUUUAUGUCCCGCUCUUCGUUUUUCAUGUUGGCCAGCGUUAGCUGGAGAAGUUAGCCGCUCAUUCGCUUAUUAGCUAGCAUUUUGUAUCGGCUAAUCAAACACAGAGUGGCACUGUCAAGGAAUGAACUUGGUAUUCUGUGUGGAGACGCCGAGAUAUCGCAUCUCUGCAGAGCAGAAGGAAAAAUACUGGAUACAAUAAUAAGCUCAGACAAACGUUGGUGUUAACAUAAGCUGUCCUGAUCUAUCGGAGAUUAAUGACACUGCUUAUAUUAGUGUUUAAAGCACUCGGAGCAGUUGCUGAGCGGAAUUAAGCGUUUGCUCCCCGUCUUCUUUCUACAUGUGCGGCCACCUGAGUAUUUGCUAGAAUGGUUUAACUUCAGGUGUGAUACAGCGCGGGAUACGUGCAUGCAGUGUAUUUAGCUUGCAUGUCCUGACCGUUUUGCGAAGGGUCGCCACACCACUGCAAAUUGUCAUUCCACUCGACUCCGAUUGAUAGGAACGACAGGAGGAUUUAUAUGUAGACUGAUCUUACUCGUUAUCUCUGUCGUUGUUUGUCGUGUUAUUGCGACAUAUGUCUGACAGCAAGGUAUAAAACAGGAAAAAAGAAAGCUGGUGUUCAUUCUGCAAUGUUAGUCCGAGCAGUAUACGCAGAGGGCAGUUGCUUGGUGAUGAUCUCACAGAUAUUACACAGCCUCUUGAUACCUUAAUCCUCUGGAAAAUAUGUUUGUCAUUUUUCUCAUGGCCAAAGGAUUAAGUGUUUUGUGCCUGUGUGUGUGAGAGAGAGUCUGAGGUAUUUAUUUUCGGGAAGGGCAUGUUGUCAAUUUCAGCAGAACAUGCAGAGAACCAUCAUGACCAUUUUCCUGUUGACCAGUCAGUCCUUUGCAGAGGAACCACGGCCUUUUUUGGUUUCUGGACUUAUCAGUGCAGGGAUGAGAUAAUACAGUUGACCUGCUUGUGCAUGCUGCUACAACAACAUCUGUGGCACUUGUAAACCCACCCCACCCUGCCCUCCUAUCUCCUCUCGCAGGCUAAGUUCAUUUCAACUAUCAAAACAUGACCACACCGGCUCUCCUGCCACUGUCGGGCCGCAGGAUACCCACUCUUUCACCGGGUGCCUCCUCUUUUCCGCACCACAGGGCCACGUUGAGGCUCUCAGAGAAGUUCAUCCUCCUCCUCAUUCUCAGUGCCUUCAUCACCUUAUGUUUCGGGGCCUUCUUCUUCCUCCCGGACAACUCCAAGCACAAGCGCUUUGACCUAGGCUUGGAGGAUGUGCUCAUCCCUCAUAUUGACUCACCUAAAGAGGGGAAGCACGCUUCUGGACAGGUGGUCAUACAUGGGCAGGGAGGACAUGAUGAGCACAGACACAGGGAGGAGGAGGAGAGCCUGCGGGACAAGAUUCGGGCAGACCAUGAGCGAGCACUGCAGGAGGCAAAGGAGAAGCUGAGGAAGUCACGUGAGGAGCUGCAGGCUGAGAUUCAGACAGAGAAGAACAAAGUAAUGGAGGACCUGAAAAAGAAGGACCCAGGUCCUAAACCCCUGCCACCUGUCCCCAUGCCCAGAGUGGUGGGCAUCAGUGAUGGUGAGCCAACAGAGCCUGAUGUCAAAGAGAAACGUGACAAGAUCAGAGAGAUGAUGAAGCAUGCCUGGGACAGCUAUAGACAGUACGGCUGGGGUCAUAACGAGCUGAAGCCCCUUGCUAAGAAAGGACAUUCCACAAAUAUCUUUGGCAAUUCACAACUAGGUGCCACCAUUGUGGAUGCCUUAGACACCCUCUACAUCAUGGGUCUGCACGAGGAGUUCAAGGAUGGCCAGGAGUGGAUCGAACAGAAUCUGGACUUCAGUGUGAAUGCCGAAGUGUCCGUGUUUGAGGUCAACAUUCGUUUCAUAGGAGGACUGCUGGCUGCCUAUUACCUCUCUGGACAGGAAGUAUUUAAGAUGAAGGCAGUCCAACUUGCUGAGAAACUGCUUCCUGCCUUUAACACCCCCACAGGAAUCCCUUGGGCUAUGGUCAACCUUAAGAGUGGUGUUGGUCGUAACUGGGGUUGGGCGUCGGCAGGCAGCAGCAUCCUGGCUGAGUUUGGGACUCUCCACAUGGAGUUUGUUCACCUCACCUACCUGACAGGAAACCCGGCAUACUACCAGAAGGUGAUGCACAUCCGGAAGCUGCUAGCCAAAAUGGACAGACCCAACGGGCUCUACCCAAACUACCUGAAUCCUCGCACAGGUCGCUGGGGCCAGCAUCACACCUCAGUUGGAGGACUUGGAGACAGCUUUUACGAGUACCUGCUGAAGGCGUGGCUCAUGUCAGACAAGACGGAUACAGAAGCCCGAAAGACCUAUGAUGAUGCCAUUGAGGCCAUCGAGCGCCACCUGAUACGCAAAUCCAAUGGCGGUCUCACAUUCAUUGGAGAGUGGAAGAAUGGACACCUGGAGAGGAAGAUGGGCCACCUGGCCUGCUUCGCCGGCGGCAUGUUCGCGUUGGGCGCCGACGGCUCUCCAGACGACAAGGCCGGACACUACCUGCAGCUGGGAGCUGAAAUCGCACACACCUGCCACGAGUCCUACGACAGGACAGUGUUGAAGCUGGGCCCGGAGGCCUUCAAGUUUGACAGCGGCCUGGAGGCAGUGGCUGUACGGCAGAACGAGAAGUACUACAUCCUGCGGCCGGAGGUCAUUGAGACCUACUGGUACAUGUGGAGGUUCACUCAUGAUCCAAAAUAUCGGCAGUGGGGCUGGGAGGCGGCACAGGCCAUUGAUAAGUACUGCAGGGUGAGCGGAGGUUUCUCAGGAGUGAAGGACGUCUACUCCUCCAAUCCGACCUACGAUGACGUGCAGCAGAGCUUCUUCCUGGCUGAGACUCUCAAGUAUCUGUACCUGUUGUUCUCCAGUGAUGAUCUGAUGCCACUGGAGAGUUGGGUCUUCAACACGGAGGCUCACCCACUUCCUGUCCUCCACCUGGGCAACAUCACCCUGCCUGGCAGCGAGCCGGCUCAGCGGUAGACAGACAGGCGCUCUUCCUCCACCGGAGCGCCAGGGGGCGCCACCUGCCUGCCUGUCUGCCUGCCUUCCGGAAAAUCCACCCACCAACACUGGACAGACUUAGAUUCGGCUCUACGGACUCAACUGCUUGUGGACUGCAGACAUGAACCAGAGGAGACGGAGAGAGAGCGUCCGGCGCAGACCACUGCAGUGUGGAGACCACCCGCUCGCUGAGUCCCCCUCCUCCUUCUGUGUUUCGCUCUCCGAGUAUCUUUAUCUCUCUGUCUUCUCUGCUUAAAUCAAAAGGAAGGUGGGUUUGCUGCUCAGCCUCAUGACUUGGCUUGAAUUGACUCUUUUCUCUGAUGGACCGAGCUCUUAAACCAGAGGCUUGAUUUAGAUUUUUGUUCUUAUUUUUAGUGUUUGUUUGAGAUUUGACCAAACUUUGCUCCCAUACAAACUCAAGCUGAGACACUGAGAGUGCAUACGGGGUUUUGUGAAGGAUCUCACAGUCCGUUUGAUACUGCGCUGAUGGAAGUGUCACGUUUUAAGGCAGACAGACUCAAGGACUUCACAGGGUCCGUUGAUGAGUUCUUUUUUUUUUUGACAAAUCUUUAAAGGGGACACAGGGUUGAAUCAAAGCCCUCCGCUUCUCCCUGACCCGACCCCCCCCCCCCUCCCCAUCCCAUUUCCUGUUUAACCUUCAUCAGAUGUACUUUGACCUGGAACUGUUUGUCACACUAUCUAGUGCGAGGGCGGGUUGAGGACACAGUCCCCACCUCUCCCUCUAAUCCUCCUUUUUUCACAGAAGUGGACCAUUAUAAGUGGGACAGCAGCAGGGCUCCUCAUUUCCACCACGCAGCACCUUGACAUCUUUCCAGUUUCUCUACUGCUACUUGUAUGGACGCUCCUUUCAUGUCGCUCUCCUCCACCUUUUUCCGAUCACGCCAUCAUGUUCUCUCAUCCCAUCUAUUGUCCAGUUCCUCACUUUUUCAUUAUUUUCAGGUCUAUAUUUUCAGAUGAGGCAAGAACACAGCCAUGACAAAAGUGUAUGACUGUGUGUGUGUGUGUGUGUGUGUGUGUGUGUGUGUGUGUGUGUGUGUGUUGGUGAGGGAGGGGGGGUUGAAAUCACCUCUGCUGUAAAUCAUUUAUUUGUGCACUUUGUAUGGUAAGAUUAUGUAGAAGAGGAAAGUGGAGGUGUAGCACUGAACGACCUGAAUAAAUGUGUCCCUGCUGGGCUGCCAUUUUGCAUUUUCUCUGUUCAAACCCACAUCACCAGCUGGACCGCCUGUCUGUAAGCUACAACUCAGCGGUCUUUCUUUACCACUUUUCUCCAUAGUCCCUCUCUUGUUUCCUGCUUUUACCUUUCCUGUUCUCUCCUCCAUGUUCACCUCUCCUGUCCACAAUAAAAAAGUCUAAAGCUCUGAGGCCUUUAUUCUCAGGGUUCCCACAUCACUCUGAAUAGUCUGGUAAACUAUGAAACUAUAAUAGUGUCCAAUUUCUUCCCAUAAAAAUUUCCAUUGUUUCAGAUUCACAAAAUGUGGAAAUGUUGUGAUAUAUUCAACAACCUCUCCAACAGCAUAAAUCUGUGAACUCAUCACCUUUGUGUUAAUUGUUUGGUGAACUAAGUCAUGACCAGCUGCUGUACAUUGAUUUGAGCCAGUUCAUCCUAUUUUCCAACUGCUAAACAACAACAUCACAUCAUCAAUCAAUUAAUAUGUGUGAAGAAAUUGCGGUCUGGGAAAAGAAAUUCUGAAAUAAAACAGAUCACAGACAUUUUUGUUUGGUUUCCCUGAGUGGUUAGAACUUCUCGUCUUUGUAAGGGUUUGACAGUCGGGAUAUUUUACUUGCUGCUUAUGGUGUGAUUUUAUUCAGAGCUUGGCCUUACUGAGUGAAGUCAGAGCCACCACGCACGCCGUCUGCUCACUUAACCCGCAUGGGUCUGCCUCCCGACACAGUGUGCUCUGUUACAUCCAAAGCAGCGUGAGGGACUUACUGCGUGGGUCGCUCGCAUAAUGAAAAGAAAAUAUUAUGUUAGCAAACAACCAAAAUAACUCUGAAACUGUCCUCCCUGGUAACACAUCUCAGUGUGGCCUGCUGUAUAAGGCACUUGUUCACUAAAAGGCCCUGAGAAAGCACCAUCUAAUACCUUUUAGCUUGGAUUGCUGCAGAUUCCGCGUUAGUCCUCAAACACAUCAACCCAAACGUAAACCAGAGUCAGAGCUGCUCAGAUUUCUGCCUAAAGAAAAAGAAAAAAACAAUUAGAGGUCAGACACAUGACAGUCAGAUUCUGUACGUCUAACAGUGAUGUUUGAUCAUACAGCGUCAGACGGCACAUUGAAAUGACAAGAGCGACUAAGCUUUUCACGAGCCAUGUGUGACCCACAAGAAAUGUUAACCAGCAAGAACACGCAAAGAGCAUCAUUAAAACCUGGCGAGGUUACGUAAACCGAUAUUACGUAAAAAAGUACACCCAUUUACUCCAUUUGCUGAACGAUUUUCAUUUUUUUAUUUCAGGUCUGUUUGAUGUAUCAGCCAUAUUGAUAGGGAUUUAACCACGAGUCACUACGUUGAUUCAAAAGAGAAAAGAAAACAGGCUUAAUGAUGGUCUCGUUAAACCCGUACAAUGACUGAGAGUGUGUGUGUGUGUGUGUGAGAGAGAGAGAGAGAGGGGAGUGAGUUUGUUCCAAAUUUUCUGACAUUUUCUGUCAUCAAUAAGCCUGUUGGCUGCCAGGUUUGUGACAUGAAUUUCCAGAGUGUGUGUGUGUGUGUGUGUCACCUGACUGGUUUGGAUAAAGAGAGCAGGCUUUCACUACUACAGAUGAUUUACAUGCAGGCAUUCAAGCCGAAGGGAAGAAAUGGCACUGAACCAGGAAGUGAUCGUGUGUCUGCAUCUGCUUCUUCAGUUCUUUUUAAGCCUUAUCGUCAAAUGCGACGCCUUGGCCGUACUGUCUUCUUUCACACUCUUUGCUUUGGGUUUUGUUGUACAUUAUUAUGAUUAAAAAUGGUAUGUUUUUGCAUUACCAUGAACACACAAACUGCAGUUUAUUUUAAUUUAAUUACACAAACACACACACACGCAAUCCUGCUAGCACUUGUAAAGCAGAAGACCAGAUGUGGAUGAAUCCUACAUUUAAAAAUAGUUCCCAACAUGUGUUCUAUUUACUGUAAUUUCAGUUUGAUUUGGAAAUUACCUUUAAGAAAACAUGAGACAAUGUAUUUGUGAGCUGCAUUUAAAUGUUUUCAUCUUCAUUAGAAAUGAAUGGGCUUGGGGCUUAGGGACCAGGACGGGAGAGAAGCCAAAAAGUAUAGAGAAACACAUGGUUGGUUUCGGUCCUUUCAUGGGAUUGGGCAACAGUAAUGUAGAAAAAACUAAGAAAAAAAAAACCAACUAAACAUGUUUAGUAAUCUCUGCCUUAUUUUUUAAACAUGUUUGGAGUAUUUUUUGUGAUAUGAUUUCAGAGAUAUGUAAGACCUGAUUUGACAAACCAGUGAAGGUAGCAGUUAGAAUAUUUUUAAAAAUUGGCUGAUGGAUGUUCAUUAAACAUUGAGUUUAUAUUUCAUCAGUUCAGCUUUUUUU